AUGUCCGAACGAUCUCAGACCUCUCCGGGUUUUCAGCGCCCUCAAACUCCUGUUAGAGGCUCGCAGAAUCGAUCACGCGAAAACACCAGGACUGCCUCACAGUCCCAGGCAAACGAUAAUAUGGAUGGCGUUGAGGUUAGCCAAGACACCAUCUCGACAGAGGUAGUCAGCAGAACCCUGGACACCCAGGUGGACGUUGUUACUACCUUCGUCAAACGUAUUGUCAAUUGCCGAAGCGUAGCCCAACUGGUAUCGUUCGUUCCAGCCGUCGCUCAGGAUCAAACGAAGCAAAGCCUUGAUAAGGUAGUCAAUGCCCAUAUCAAAAAGGCUGCAGCUGCAUUUCUCCUUUCCGAGUGGAGAGAUCAUCUGGCCAAAGAAAGCUUCGACAGAAUCCCAGAGCUAAAAUCCCUUCGUGCCCCUUCCAUUCAGAUCAGCAAGCUUGCUGAAGAAGGAGGAAGCAUAACGAAAACCUUCGACGAAGCUCUUAAGGAAGCAAAGAAAUCGGCACUCACUCGCAUGAUUUUUAUUAAGGACAAAGAGGUGGAAGCCCUUAAUAAAUUAUGCGAGAGCAAGCGCAACUCCGAUCAAAUCUCAGAAGCAUGGAAAAGUGUAGCAGGAAAUGACGUUAGCCCCGAAGCUAAAGCCAUCCUAAUGGACUAUUCAUGCGCCUGGUCCUUGACUUGUUCGGCGGUUUCUAUUGGAGAAAACACGGCGCAAAAGCAGAUGGCCGUGAAGGCGAAAAAAUCUGAAACCGUGAAAAAUACUAGUGUCAAGAGCACGGAUAAACUUCCCGAUAAUCCAAAAGCUCUUGAAGAAUUCGUUAAAGAAAUAGCCAAAAGACAGAGACAGUCUGUAAUGGAUAAAUCCAAGGCUAGAAAAUCGGGAAAAGGACAGAGAGGGGCUGGUCCCUCGAAGUCCAAAAACCAGAAGAAUUCCAACAAGGUUGCGAAGAAGGACCGCAAAGGAAAAAACGGAAAACGCGGCACUUCCUCCAAGCGGCAGCAGAAGAAGCGCUAG